CAAAAAAAAAAAAAAAAAAAUAACAAAACAUAAGAAAGAAAAAAAGCAGACUACAAAUAUCAGCGCGAUCACAAGAGAGACAGUAAUAGACAGCGAGAGCAGAGGAGCAGAAAGAAAAGAUGAAAACAAACUGAACUCCAGCUCAUGGGAGGAUACUUUGGCGGAGCCGGAACAACAAACACAGCAGUCGCAAUCGCAGUUGCAGUCGCAGGCGCAGACGCAUCAGACAUCCUCGUUCAUCACAUCGCCAAGUCAGGGGAUCACAAGUCAGAAGGCGAGCUUGACCACAGCACAGCUGCACAGCGCCUUUAGUCGUCGGAUUGCUGAGCAGCAACAGCGCGCGAAGGGCUGCCAGAUCAGCCAGCAGGCAGACAGCGCCACAAUUGCCGGCGGAAGCUUCAGCGCCAACGGUGGCCAGGCUGCCGUUGGUGUUGGUGUCGGUGUUGGCAGCAGCGCGAGCAGCAGCAGCGAACGGGACACAAAAUCACCGGGACGGGAACGCCGAGAGGCGCCCACAGCGAGCCACUCCGACGAGGAGAACUUUACAGAAGAGGAACAGACCAGCAGCAGCGUGAGUUCGUUAAGCGCUGGCAACCAACGCAAUUCCCAAUUGCGUUCCACCUUCAACAAGGCCAAGCAGCAUUUGUCGUUUGACAAAUGGCGCACGGCUGCCUCUACCAACUCGUCCUCUAGCGCAAACGCAAACACUCACUCCUCCGCCCAGCCGCAGUGCAGUCAGAGCGCCAGUAACGGCAGCCGCGACAGCAACAUGAUUAUGCGAAGAGCUAGUGCCUGCACGAUGCCCACCAGCUCAGGGGCAUCGGCUCAGCGCGAGGAGAACACCGCACCCGGGGAAUCGCCGGGCGGACGUCUUUCGCGUUGGUUCUCCAUUCGACGUGGCUCCACACACCAAUAUGAUGUGGGUGGACGCGAUGGUAGGCAGUCUACGGCCUCUAGUUUUGACAUACCGGACGCAUCUGGCGCAGCCACGCCAAAGCCAACCACAGUGACAGCGACGCUGGACGCCGCCUCGCCACAGAAGCUGGCCAAUCUGGGUGCCAGCAAAAUGAUGCCAGGCGUGCCCGAGUACGAGGAUGAUGAGAACUCCGCACCGGACAGCAGCCGCUUCGAUAUGGACCUGAUGAUACCGCCGGGCAGUCGGGCCAAUGGCACCGCACGCACCGCCCAUAGCCGGCUCAUAGUGCCAAUGCUGCCGCCGGCACCGCCCGGUCUAUCCCAGCAGCAGCUCAAGCGGCGCCACAUUGUGGCCGCCAUCGUUCACAGUGAGAACUCAUACGUGGCCACUUUACAACGUCUAGUCAAUGAUUACAAGAAGCCGCUGGAGGAGUGCAGUCCACCGGUGCUAAAUCCAGUGAAGAUCGCAACGCUAUUCCAUUGCUUGCCGGACAUUCUACACUCACACAAGCUGUUCCGCAUCUCGUUGUCCGAGUGUGUACGCAACUGGGAUCGGGAUGAGAAGAUCGGCGAUUGCUUUGUGGGCGCCUUUGGCAAGCCGCAAUUGUUAGAGAUAUACUCGGGCUUCAUCAACAACUUCUCGGCGGCCAUGGAACUUGCCAAAAUGGAGGAGAAGCGCAAAUCGGCGCUGGCUGAUUUCUUCAAGGUGAAGCAGAUCAGUGCCCACGAUCGGCUAUCCUUCUUUGGACUGAUGGUGAAGCCCGUGCAGCGCUUUCCCCAGUUUAUACUCUUUCUGCAGGACCUGCUCAAGUACACGCCACAGGGUCACCACGAUCGCAUGUCUCUGCAGCUGGCGCUGUCACAGCUGGAGCUGCUCGCCGAGCUGCUCAACGAGAGCAAGCGUGAGGCGGAGCAGUAUCAGGCCUUCAAGGAGAUGCUUGGCCACAUAAGCGGCACAUUUAAUACACGCUCCCUCAACAGCGUCAGCGACAGCUGCGGAAAUCGGGCCCGCUAUCUGCUCCGCGAGGACAAUGUCACUCACAUGGAGUUCAACCAGGCGGGCUUCAUAGUCAAGUGCAAGCAACGACGUCUGCUGCUGCUCAACGACAAGGUCAUCUGCGUGUCUGUGGCGCCCAAGCAAUCCCAUGAUUUCGGCGCCACCGAGAAGCUCACCUUUAAGUGGAUGUUUCCCGUCAACGAUGUCGAGAUUGUGGACAACAGCGCAUCCGCAACAUUAUCUAGAAUAUUAACAGCAGGUCUGAAUCGUGGAGGCAGUCUCAAGUCGAAUGGCAGCACUGGAAAUACCACCGCCGGCGGCUAUGCAAAUGCAACGCUCUCCGGCCAUGGUCAGGGCGGGCUACCGGGCUUGGGAUCGCCCUUUGCCAGCGGAGAUGCGCAUAGCUCGCCAGCCGCACAGCUCACAAACGGAGCGGAUAAUCUGUGCAACGAGAUGAGCACACUGAUGUACGACUAUGAGGUUAUAUCGCGCAUACACGACCUGGUCGGCACACUUAAAGGCAGCUACAAGGAACUCAACUUGAAUACAACGCGCAAUGUGCUCAAUACCAUACAGGGCUCCAUUCAGCGCAAGGACGAGGAGAUGGCCUGGGUGGACUCCUGCUGCUUGCAACUAAUUGGCCGCCACAAGUCCGGCAAGGAGGAGACCUUCACUUUCCAAACGCAGACACCAAAUGUGAAAAAGGAGUGGAUCACUGAGCUGCGGCUCGCACAGCUGGCUCUCGAUCCGAACAACUCGCCCGCCUGGGAACGAUCUUUCUCGGGUUCGCAACCACAUCAAUCACAUUCACAUCACCAGCAUCCCAAUGCCCAUACCCUGCAAUCGCCCGGCAGUCCGCAGGCCACACUGCACACCUACGAGCAGCAGCAGCUCCAGGAAGCCGUCCAGCAGAAGCAGUCGCGCAAGAUGCCGCUCUUUGUCAAGGCGAUGCCCGUUUACCGGUCACAGCAUCAAACGGAGGUGCGCUGUGGAUGCUACUACAGCAUCGCCAAUGACACAAAGCAGAGCGGGAACGCGCGACGCCGGCACAAGCAGCUGAACUAUCUGUGGAUGUGCAGCAGCGAUGGCACUUCGUCGCACAUCACUGUGCUGGCACAGCACCCACAGCAGGCGGGCAAUUUGCGGGAGGCGGGCUGCUUUGAUCUGGUGGAGACGCAGGUGUCAGCGUUGGAGUUUGUCAAGGGUCUGGACCAGUGCCGCACACGGGAGGAGCAUAGCAGCCUUUUAGGCGAUCUCGUUUGGCUGGGCACGGACAGCCGCAAGCUGCUCAUCUAUUCGGCCCGCAAUCCGGAGCAGGAGGAGCAGCUAGGCAGCUUUACGGUGCCCGGCGCUGUCCAACGCAUUCUGUACCACUUCGAUGCCGUCUUCGUGUCACUCUCGAAUGCCACCGUGCUGAUCUAUAGGCGUGCCCAUGACGGUGUCUGGCAGCUGCGCGAUCCCCAGCAGGUGACACUGGGCGAGUCUGGCAUGUCUGUGCCGAGCAUGCUGCCAAUCAACAUGAAUAUCUACGCAUCCUGCGCCAAUCGCGUCUACGUGCUCAACGCACUCAACGGGGAGCUGCAGCGCAGCUUCGAGGUGCAGCAUGGUGCCAGCCAGCAGGUUAAUCUGAUGGCGCACUCGGGCAUCGGGCUCUGGAUCUCGCUAAAGAACUCGACAAUGCUCUGUCUCUACCACACCGAGACGUUUAAGCAUCUGCAGGACAUUAAUAUCGCCUCCAGCGUGCUGCGCAACGAUGCCAAAAAGGAGCAGCCGCUAAACAACAGCUCAAUUUAUGUGACAGCCCUGAUGGCUUGCAAAGGUCUGCUCUGGGUGGGCACAAAUGUGGGCAUCGCUGUUACCAUACCGCUGCCCCGGCUCGAGGGCGUUCCCAUCAUCAGUGGCGGCAUUAAUAUGUCCUGUCACGCCCACUUUGGUCCCAUCACGUUCCUCCUGCCGCUCAUACCGAAAGUGUAUCCAGCGUACAAACCGACAGCCGCAGCAACAAUGUCAGCACCGCUGGUGCCCAGUGUGCCCAGCAUGGGCGAGGAUUUGCAUUUGCCCGCCAUCGAUGCGGAUCCCAAAAAGUUGACCGAAACGGACCUAGACGAAAGCACAGUCAUUUUACGUCGUGACCUACCCAAAGAGGAGCCCGGCUCAACAUCCGGUUCGGCAGCUGGCUCGAAUACGCCUGCAACUUGCAUGCUGCGUGAGCCAAGCGUCGAGGCAACACCGGACUCCAACGUGGCAACGCCCGCCUCGGCUGCAUCCUCGCCACGCAGCUCCAAGUUGGACAAGCAGCACUCGCUGGACCAGAGCUUCACCGCCAAGAUUCGCGCUUCACUGGCUAACUCGCCUGCAUUCCAUCGCAAACGGUUCCGGGAUUUGGGUGCCGGCGCUGGUGAUGCCGGUUCGCGCAUGUCGAAGACGCUACCACGAGGCCUGGGCUCAGCAGCGGCUGGAUGCACCGGAGCCAUCGGAGUGCACUCAAAUGCGACCGCACUGUCGCAGCAUGGCGAGCACGGCUACUGCGAUGUGUAUGGGCUGUACGGAAAGUUGAUCUUUGUCAAGGAGAAUUACGAUGCUGAAGAGGGCACCCAGGGCAACCUCAUGGACAUGAUGUACGAGGGCAUGCGGCGCUCCGAUCCCGAGCUGGCUGCCAUACCCGGCAAGGUGUGCACCCUGGACAGGCGUUUGCGUAUGAAGGCCUCGCGACCGCGCUCGCUCGAUCUGUCCAAUUGGUCGGUGGACUCCAAGUCGUCCAGCUUGUAUACGUCAUCGGGCAGCGAGGAGAGCAUGGGCAUACGCCUCUUUGGCGGACGCUCCGUUUCCCGCAACAGCAGCAGCGCCAGUCACAAGACGUCUGGCACUGGCAGUGACCUGGGCAACAUAUCGGAGAACGGUCUCAUGACCACCGCCGACAUACACCAGCAGCACCACCAUCAUUUGUCAAACAGCACGCCCAAAUCCGAGGACGGUUUCAAGCACAUGCACGCUCAGGCAACUGCCUCUGAUAAGCAGGCUGCGCCGGCGGCCGUUGCCACAUUAAAGCGCAAACAAAAGCAGAACUCGAAGCAGCAGCAGCAGCAGAAUGCGGACGGACCGCGCACCGUUAUCACCCUAAUGGGCGGCCGUGGCUAUUGGCGACAUGUCUGGUACAACACCAGCGGCAGCUCGCCCGGUCAGAAGGGCGCCUCCGGUUCGUGUGGCAACGCUGGCGCUGCCUCCGGCACGGGCGGCGGCUCCGGAAGUUUUUCACCGCUGACGGCCAAUUCAAACGACGCGCACAUCGUCGUCUGGGAGAAGAAGUUAUAAUCUCAGGAGUUGGUGUGCUGCUGCACGUUGCAGCAGCACCCGCACCAGCACCACCCGCCGUUGACCGAGCUCUGGCGACGCGUUGGCGAGCAGCGUCGUGGACGUGUCCGUUUCCGUGGCACGUUCACGCAGCGCGAACGAGAACGCGACCGCAGCGCGUCGGGUCUCAGCAGCUACAACUGGCGGUCGGAUGGUGAGCGGCUCGCGGUGGCCAGCGGCAGUGGCAGCGGCAUGCUCAGCGCCAGCCUAAAGCGACUCACCAAGCUUAAGCGCGGCGGCAGCCUGAAGGAGUUCUAGUGAGUCCCCCCUCCCACCACCCCCACAGUCCAAUUGAUGCGGUGCCACUAAUUGCAGCACGGGGCAUCGUUUGCCAAAUGUAUAUAAAUAACCAUCUCAUGUGUACUUUAUAGUGUUAGGCUAGACUUAAACACGAGCUUAGGGCUAUAUAUGUUCAUGGCUGGAUAUGCCAUGAGUAGCUUGAAGCACCUUUUUGUUUAUUCAAUUUGAUAUAUCGAAUAUAUAUUUAUACGUAUAUAUGUAUACAUAACUAUAGCUAAUCUUUGGAGCAAAGAACUAUGCCUUAUUUAAUUUUUUUUUGUGCUGCUCUUAUUUUUUUCUAAGUAUAUAAACGUUAGACAUAAGUAAACAUUUUUUUUUUUUAUAUCAAUAAUUAUAUAAAAUUAAUAUCCAAAUAUGCAUUUUUUUUGCUAUAGCAUUUAAGAUGCACAUGAAACAAUCUAAGUUCAACAAAAAGAAGGAGCAGGGGGGCUUUAAUAAAAAUAAAAAAUAUUCAAAAUAAAUACAUAGCGGCAAAGCCAAGCAGCACACGAUGUUGCAUGUACAAUAAGUAUUAGUUUAAACGAUAAAACUGUUAAACGGCGACAGGCACAGAUCGGCAUAGAUAGUUAGGCAAAAAACCUAGCGAAAAUCUAUAGGAACCAUUUCAAGAUAUCAAAGAAAUUAUUGUCAUGCGACUUGAAGUACGUUUCGAUAUACAUAUAUUCUGCAAAUUGUACCCUGUUUUUUGCUCGCAGCAGCUAACAAAUUUUCCUUACGUACCACAAAUAAAAAUAAAACAAAACAAAAUACUUGGAUGUUGUAUGUGUAUAUGCU